AUGAAGGGCUUAUUCAACUCGAAAAAAUCCCCAAAGAAACAAACCGCAGGCGAUAGUAGCGAAUCUCACCACUCCCCCAAUUACCAAGAUAAGCCACAGCCUCAAAUUCCUCGCUCAGAGCAAACUUCUUCAGCUGUAAAGCCUUCUAUCAGCUCUACAAGAUCGUCCCCCACCAAAAAACCCUUGCGCCCCGCAUCGCCUUCCCAGAGGGAGCAGCCUAAAUCGCGAACUUCUCGCUCUUUUGCGAGACAUUCAAGCGACCAAGGCUCUUCUUCAAGGAGAAGUAAAAUCGACACCGAUAUCCAUCCUCUAAAUUUACCUCCCGAGGAGCUCAAGCGCUUAUCUGCUCAGUAUAAUAUGAACAGUAGGAAUUCCGUCGACAAGAUGGAUCUCGACAAAGAUACCCCAGCCGUACCUCCGACUUCGCCACCUCCCCUACAAACCCAAUCUUUUACUAUUCCUGUCAACCCUUCUCCUACGAAUGGAGUGAAGAAGGAUACGAAUGAUGAGCCAGAAGGUCCGGCUCCUCCGCCUCACAGGUCGAACCCUUCCAGUCCGGUUCCCACGGAUGCGGAAGCGGCUGAGGCUCACAAGGCCGACGGAAAUAGAUGCUUCAAGCAGAAGGACUAUGCACGAGCAAUUGCUGAGUACACAAGUGCUAUCCAGCUUAUGCCUAGCGAGCCUACGUACCUUAGCAACCGUGCCGCGGCUCUCAUGUCCGACCGCCAAUAUGAGGCUGCUCUGGAAGAUUGCGUCCGAGCUGUAGACUUAGAUCCUCAUAACCCUAAGUACUUGUUACGUUUGGCUCGGAUUUACACUAGUUUAGGACGUCCCGAGGAGGCAAUGACCACUUUUGGACGUAUUCAACCUCCUGCUUCUGCCAAGGAUAUGGCUGCCGCUAGGGAAAUGCAGCAUCACGUCAGAGCAGCCCAAGAUGCCCUUGACCGUGGCACAAGUGGCUCUAUGGUUUUACAUGCCCUAGAUCAAGCCGAGAAGUUGCUUGGUCCUGGAGCGAGCAAGCCUAGAAAAUGGCAACUGAUGCGAGGCAACGCAUAUCUCAAAAUGGGAGGUGCUAACUCCUUGGGAGAAGCGCAGAAUGUAGCAAUGUCAAUUCUAAGGCAGAACAAUCUGGACCCGGAAGCAUUAGUGUUACGAGGACGUGCAUUAUAUGCCCAAGGAGAGAAUGACAAGGCCAUCACGCAUUUCCGAAAGGCGUUAAGUUGUGAUCCCGACUUCAAGGAGGGCGUGAAAUGGCUUAGAACUGUCCAGAGACUGGAUAGGAUGAAGGAGGAGGGCAAUGCGGAGUAUAAGGCUGGACGAUGGCAAGCUGCUUUCGACAAGUACUCAGCUGCUCUAGAGGUUGAUCCCGCCAACCGAGGCACUAACUCGAAGCUCUACCAAAACCGGGCCCUCUGCCGACUUAAGCUAAAGCAAUUCGCCGAAGCGAUUGCAGAUUGCGAUCGAGCUUUCAACUUAGACCCUUCGUACAUCAAAGCCCGGAAGACGAAGGCUAACGCGCUAGGUCAAGCAGAGCGGUGGGAGGAUGCCGUUCGCGAGUGGAAGUCAAUCCAGGAGUUAGAUCCCGAAGACCGAAGCAUCCUCAAGGAAAUUCGCAGGGCGGAGCUAGAGUUCAAGAAGAGCCAGCGUAAAGACUACUACAAGAUUCUCGGUGUUGGUAAAGAUGCCGACGAGUCUGCUAUCAAGAAAGCUUAUCGCAAGCUUGCCAUCAGGCACCAUCCGGACAAGAACCCCAACGACGAUGCGGCCGCUGAACGUUUCAAGGAUAUUGGCGAAGCUUACGAGACCUUGAGCGACCCUCAAAAGCGUGCUCGCUACGAUAGCGGAGACGAUUUAAUUGAUCCGUCCGAUAUGUAUGGUGGUGGCAUGGGUGGUGGUAUGGGCGGCGGCAUCGACCCGGAGAUCCUCUUCAGUAUGAUGAACGGCGGUGGCUCCUUCGGCGGCGGACAAGGCUUUGGCGGCGGCGGUUAUGGUGGUCGCACGCGUCCUCAGGGUUUCCCAAGUGGAUUCCACUUCGGUUGA